AUAGAAGCACAGAACACAGUAAGUCUGCCAUCAUUGAAAAAGACAUCACUUCCUCCAUUUUCAGCUGCAGUCUCACAGAUCUUUGGUGCUUCCAGUUACUAGGAAUCCAUUUGUGAGAGGAGGGACUUAAGAGCUUGCAUCACUCACAUUUGCUGCGGCUGGAGUGCCGGGGUUGUUGCCAUUGUCAUGGGGCUGCAAGGGAUCAAGGCUGUUUUCUUUGACUUGGACAAUACAUUGAUCGACACAGCUGCAGCAGGCAGGAGAGCCAUCGAGGCGGUGAUAAAUACCUUACAAGCAGAGCAUCACUGUGAUGAGAGAGAAGCUCACAUGAUCUGUGAUAAAGUCCAAGCUAAACUUUUCAAAGAGUGUCAUGAUCCUUCUAAGAUGUGUAUUACUGACCUCAGGAUUCAACACUGGGAAGAAGCUGUACAAGAAACAAAGGGAGGUCAAGCCAAUAGGGAUCUGGCUUCAGAAUGUUAUUUCCUUUGGAAAACCACCCGCCUGAAAUAUUUGACCUUAGCAGAAGAGACUAGAGGGAUGCUAAGGGACCUAAGAAAAGUUGUCCGUUUGCUUCUGCUGACAAAUGGAGACACACAGACACAGAGAGAAAAGAUUGAAGCUUGUGCCUGCCAGCCCUACUUUGAUGCUAUUGUAGUUGGUGGAGAACAGAAAGAAGAGAAGCCAGCAUCAUCUAUAUUUCAUCACUGCUGUGAACUUCUGGGUGUUCAGCCUGAGGACUGUGUGAUGGUUGGUGACUCUCUAGACACAGACAUUCAAGGAGGCCUGAAUGCAGGUUUGAAAGCAACGGUCUGGAUAAACAGAACAGUAACUGACCCAAAAGACACUUCUCCAGUCCCCCACUAUAUAAUUUCUUCUGUUCUUGAUCUCCCUGGGCUAUUACAGAACAAUGGGGUUGCUAAUUUAGAAAUCAACAGUGGCUAGCAUUUGCAACGCAUGUGACAGGUCCAGUGAUGAUGCCAUAUCUUUAGCUUACUAAUGGUAGCCCCAAAGGAUAUUUUCACAUGUAGGGCUUAAAAUGUUUUUUCUCACAUGUGAAGCUUAAACUGGUCACUCAGUAAUGUGAACUGGCUACAAAAUAUGUUUGAUUUUUCUCUGAUUUCUGCCAUCUGUUUACCAUUAACUUUUACAUGUAGUCAAAGUUUGACCCUAAGGUUUCUGGCUCAACCAUAGUAAACUUAUUGGUACAAACAAUAUUAUUAUAUCUGUGAAUUAACUGAAAUGGCAGAAAUUUGUUGAUGUGAAAAUUCUCUGUUAUUUACUGGUUUCUUUUUAUCAAAAUUUGUUGGAUUGUAGGUUGAGAAGUUCAAGCAUAGAAGGAUGUUUACAAAGUGUCAAACAGAUGAAAAGCUAUGGCGAGAAUCACAAUAAAAAUGUAAUUCUGAACCUGUGUAUCUACAGAGACUCUAUAAAAUAUAUUUAUCUCUA